UAAAAAAUGUCUAAUACCAUUUAUGAAGAAUUUCUCAGUGUUGACAAGUCCUUCACUUCCACAUCAACAUAUUACAGAUUCAUMCAUACAACUAGUYCCAAUUUUUAUGAUGAUUCAUCUUUAGUUCCUAUUUUUUGUAAUCGUACAUCAACAGAUCUUGGUGUUUGUAAACUAUCUUCGACCACUCAUAAUUUAGACUAUAGUGUUUUAAAAUUAAAAAACAGCUCCAAGAUAAAAGAUCCAGUUGCUAUUAGUGCUCCUUUAUUAUCUUUCAAUCAAGAAUCUUCAAAAAAAUUAAGUAUAAYUUCUUGUUUCCAAAUGCAAAUGCAUCAAACAAAUCAAUGCACUAAAUGCGAUUUAAAAUUUUUAAAUAGUAAAAAUGUUAAUUUGUAUAAAAGUAUUUAUCAUAAACGCAAAAGUCUAGAAGAUCAGAAAAAAGUAGAUUUUAUGUAUUAUUUAUCAAAACGUUAUAAUUUUGUUACUGUAACUGAGAAAAUAUUUUCAUUUUUGCACGGAAAAGAUAUUUUAGCAAUGUCUAUGGUAUCUAAAACAUGGAGUAAUGCAAUAAAAUACUCGCCAUCAGCUAAAAGAAAGAAAAAAUCUUAUGUAUCAUACAUGAGAUCAGAAAAAGAAAAUCAUAAACAUGUUGAACGAAGACGUUUGUAUUUACCAAGUAGAAGAGUUUUUGGGGAUAUUAGUAAUAUCAUGCGUUUUCCAUUAAAAUAAUAUGGACAUUCAGAAGCACAUAAUCAAAUUAGUAUUUCAUUGAUUUCAAUAAGGUUCCUCACAAGUUGUUGCAGGUUAAACAUGGUCAUUAGUAUGUAAUUCUUAACUUUUCGUGUUAAAUAAUAUGUGCUUCAAAUAAAUGUUAUAUAUAUAUA